ACGGGUCGCUUGUUUAUACCACGAUGUGCGGCGGUGACCACGCGGCCGCCGCCGCCGGGUGAUCAUCGGUAUAUUCACGUGCCGUCAUCUCUUGCACUGCGGUGUUGAGAGUGGCGCGCGGAGCGGGCGGCGGGGCGGGCCCGCGAGAUGAGCGGCGCUGCAGCCCGCCCCGCCCGCCAUGCAGCGACUGCGAACCACCUUCAAGCGUUCCCGUACACCGACUCCCCAGGACAUGAAGACGCAGAGCAGCCUUGAAGUGCCCAAGCAGGUCCGGUCGGCGUCAUUCGAUGAGAUACAAUUGGAGGCAGCGCGCGGCGCAGGCGCUAGCACGCUUCUUGCGGUGCCACAGCAAGGCGCGCGCAGUCGUUCCUUUGACUCCGCCGGAUCUGAUGACUCGGGCACAUACUUGGAGGUACCGCGUCUAUGGUCGCGGCGCCGAUCUGGGAAGGGUACGCCACCACCAUGUGUACACUGUCGACAUAUGGAAACAUGGUUGGCGCGCCGCAGUGAAGAACGAUCCACACCUGAAAGACCACCAGUUUCUUCCUCAGCUGAAGAUGACGAUGACGAAGAUGAUGAUAGUGAUAUUGAGGCGCCGAGGGCUCUCCUUACGCCUGUCUUUACAACGAGAACAUUAUUGCAACCAGCGCUACAAUCUCCUCCACCUUCACCAGGGGCUCCCUCUUUUGAGCUUCAACCACCCAUCGAUGAACCUCCGUUAGUGACUCAAAGAAGACGGUCCAUAUCACGGCAAGAAGCGUUUUUCGUUGAACCUACUGGCAGCUCGUUAGAGAACGUCCGGGCGUCGGAGCAAGGCGCUAACAAUGCUCCAAGAGAUAGCUUAGUCCACGACAUUUAUUUAGCCGUUCCCGAGUUAAAACGUGAUCGUGCUGCAUCUGUAGAUUCGUGUUUUUCGAAAGUUUCUGGGGGUGCAAGAGCAGAAGAAUUAAGCGAAAGCGGCGAAUAUUUAACCGUACCGGGGUCGAGUUUGCGUUCCCGGUCGGUAGAUAUCGUUUUACCAACAGCAGAACAGUCGCGUUACAAGGCACUUGCUCUAACCUCAUCAACUCAAGCUGCACCUCAACAUACUUACCAAGCGCCUGAAGAAACUCAACCCAGUCCUGUGGUGCUACAGACACUAGAAAGCAGACGCACAAGCGAGAGCGCUGGCGGCGGAGCGCGUGUAUUACGCUCAACGCCCGACUGGAGCGACACGGCCAUCAGCGGCGAGCAUCUCUGGUCACCUACCUCCGUUUCCGGAGAUUGCUGCUAUGUCGGAGAAACUGAAUGUCAGAAGCAUGGAGCACGUAUGAAAUGUUCCGCGUGCAAAAUCGUGGCGCACACUGCGUGCAUCGACAUUCUCAUAGACCGCGUUCAGUUCACCUGCAAACCUACAUUCCGAGAUGUGGGGGUACGGCAGUACAGAGAGCAAACUUUGACUCACCACCAUUGGGUCCACCGGCGCACCGAAAAGGGCAAGUGCAAGGCUUGCGGCAAGUCAUUUUGGCGCAGUUGCUGCGGCUGGUGUCUAAUACCUCAAAGAUCUGUAGACAAGGCUAUAGAAUUACACGAUGAAAUUGGUGAUAGUUCUCUCCAAGCCAAAUUAUCUUUUAGUUCAAAGGAAAUCGUCGCGUUAAGUUGUUCCUGGUGUAAAGACGCUUACCAUAAUAAAGAAAGUUGUUUCAAUUUGCAAAGGAUAGGGGAAGAAUGUUCUUUGGGUACGCAAUCCAACAUAAUUGUGCCUCCGUCGUGGAUAGUAAAACUGCCGAGAAGAGGUAGCUUUAAAUCGUCUUUAAGAAAAUCACCAAAAAAGAAAAGCACAGCAAAGAAAAAAGGAAAAGAUUCUAAAAGCGAACAAAAGACUUUCGUAAUUAAACCAAUUCCGACCGCCAAUGUUAAACCAGUACUGGUUUUUAUAAAUCCCAAGAGCGGAGGCAAUCAAGGUGUGAGACUGCUGCAGAAAUUCCAAUGGCUACUUAAUCCUCGACAAGUUUUCGAUCUCACUCAAGGCGGACCGGGACCAGGAUUGGAAAUGUUUCGAAAGGUACCCAAUUUGCGUGUGCUCGCAUGUGGUGGUGACGGUACCGUCGGCUGGGUUCUAAGCGUACUCGACAGGAUCGGAUCGCGGCCAGCCGUGGGCGUGCUUCCACUGGGCACAGGAAAUGACCUCGCGAGAGCGCUCGGCUGGGGCGGGGGUUACGAAGACGAGCCGAUAUCCAAAAUCUUGGCCCACAUCGGCGAAAGUGACACUGUGUUGCUGGAUCGAUGGCAGUUAAAAGUCGAGCCCAACGAAGCGGCUUCCGGCGAAGAUACGAGCAACGCUAAGCCGGAGCUGCCACUCAAUGUCGUCAACAAUUACUUCUCCUUCGGCGUUGACGCGCAUAUUGCUCUUGAAUUUCACGAGGCGAGAGAGGCACAUCCCGAAAAAUUCAACUCUCGGAUCAGGAAUAAACUUUUUUAUGGAACUGCCGGCGGAAAGGACUUGAUGCAGCGGAAAUGGAAAGGUCUGGCUGACUUCGUCACCAUGGAGUGUGACGGCAAGGAUUACACGCCCGUGUUGAGGGAACAUAAAGUGCAUGCCAUUGUAUUCUUAAACAUUCCAAGCUACGGGGGUGGAACUCAUCCUUGGAAUAAGUCUGGAGGUACAUCUGAGCCUUCAACCGAAGAUGGUCUAAUAGAAGUUGUGGGAUUAACAACUUAUCAAUUGCCUCUACUCCAAGCGGGCGGACACGGGACUUGUAUCACGCAAUGUAAAACUGCUAAGAUCGUUACCACCAAGGUAAUACCGAUGCAAGUUGACGGUGAGGCGUGCAGACUCGCUCCCUCAGUGAUAACACUGUGUAUACUGAACCAGGCCAUCAUGUUGGCGAAGAAGAAACCCGGCAGAGUACUCGUGCCACAAACAACACUCGAUAAACUUACGCUCACCGUGAAUCUCAUAACAAUGGCGGACUACGAACGUCAUCAUUACGACAAGGAGUUGUUAGCGAAAACAGCGGAACGGAUCGGCACUUUGGACGUAAAUCCGGCCGCCGACUUGGAGCAAAUGCGAACUCUCAUUCAGAAUAUGAUCAAAGAAUCUCAUACAUACUCAAACCUCGUCGAUUGGUGGUUCGUAGACUCCGUGACCGCAGAACGCUUCUUCCGCAUCGACAAAGCGCAGGAGAACCUCCACUACCCGACUGACAUCGGCCACGAACACGUGUACAUCUUGGACGCGGCGCCCGUGACACCCGAUACGGAAUCGACAGCGCACCCUGACACCACCACUGCCUCCCCUGAUCGCACCGCGCCUUCUGUUUCUCUCGACACUACUACUGGCCUCUCAGUCUCCCUGGACAUAUCACAGAGCGUAGACACACCGAGUGCCGGCGUUUCCUUGGAUGUUCCGGAGUCUCAUGCCAGUGAAUCUGGUUUCGGGAGUCCAGCGCGAGGAUCAGAAGAACUGCUUUCACCUCAAACACCGCCUUCGGGCUUCCCUGGCGCUCACUCCACAAAUAAAAUAUCCAUUCUCCCCUCUAAAACAUCUCCACAGCCACCAAGAAUCCCUUCAAUACAAGAUACCCAUUCGCCUCCACUGUGCACUAGUCCUCCAGUCAAAGAUUUACAGCCCAGUCGGGAUUCCCUUGCGCGAUUUAAAACCGUUCACGAAAAACUGUUUGGAUUUGAUCAAGAAGUGUUUGGCUGUAGAAACUUACUGGAGAAAACAACGGACGCGCUCCUCAAAGCGGCUAAAGUCGGUGACUUGAAAAUGAUGAAAGAGCUGCACGGGGCUGGGUACUCCUUACUGUCAAUCGACGCAAGCGGGCAGACGGCGUUGCACAUUGCGGCGCGCUACGGAAAUAAGGAGAUCGUAAAGUACCUGAUAGCGUGCGCGCCCAGCGCCAUCCUUGACAUGCGAGACAACGAGCGCGGGCAGACGGCACUGCACAAGGCGGCUGCGCACCGCCGCCGUGCCAUCUGCUGCAUGUUGGUGGCGGGCGGCGCCGCACUCGCGCGCCCCGACCGCGCCGGCCUCACGCCGCGGCUGCUCGCUCUGCGCGCCGAAGACCACGACCUGGCGGCCUACUUGGAGAGUCAAGAACACUUUCAAAUCGUAUCUGAAGAUCUAGAAACGCCUGUGUGAAAUAAUUAUUAACAUUCAUACAAGUAAUUAAAAAGGAGAGUUACAAAGACCGUUGGCUAAAAGAAUCGAAUCGACGAUAAAUAUUAUGUACUCAAAUACCAAAGUGAUAUUGAGAAUUUAAAUCGCUAUUACACUUUAGGUAUUUCCAUGAAAGUGAUAUAGUUCUACGCGAUAACAAACAUAUUUUAUCUUCUAAAACUUCAUCGUAAGGAUUUCGCAAAACUCAACAAAAUAUCUUCAAUUAGCAUAUUUAAAAAAUUAAUUAACGCAAAUAAGAUAUAGAUAAAUGCUGAUUUCCUAAAUUGUUGCACUUAAAAUUUUAUAUAAUGU